GUAGUUUCGAUGCGUAAUUUAAGAUCAAAGCAUUGAAUUUCACUCAACGAGAAGCAAUACCACUGUCAUUUUUAACUUGCGCGCGUUUGAACCAAUACAGUGCGCGGGCGAAAGAAGACUUGGGCUACCCACUUAUGUGAUACAAUGGUAGUUGGGUCGAACGGAUGUAACGGAUGGACUGUUAGUUUCGCAAAUCAUGCCCUGAAGCUAGAUAAGGCUGCUGAUGCGAAUGAUAUUGUUUCUGCACUAGCUUCCAACCUAAAUGCAGAGUGUUUGAAUCUCAGCGGAAACACACUUGGGAUAGACGCAGCUAAACCUAUCGGUAUUGCUUUGGAAAAGAACCGCUUUAUUAAGCGUUGCUUGUUUAACGAUCUGUUUACAGGUCGCCUUAAAUCUGAAAUAGCACCAGCACUAAAGCAUUUGAGUAAUGGUCUUAUGGUUUCCAAGUCUCAAAUAGUUGAAUUGGAUCUUAGUGACAACGCUUUCGGUCCAAACGGGGUUGUUGGUAUAACUGAUUUGCUGGCGAGCAAUACUUGUCACACUCUUGAGAUACUGCGGAUGAACAACCAAGGUCUUGGCCAUGAAGGAUGUCGAUAUCUUGCAGAGGCCUUAGAAGAAGGAAGAUGUUUGUCAAAGAAUCAAGGACUACUCCUAAAAAUAUUUUCGGGAGGAAGAAAUCGUUUAGAAAAUGUUGGAGCUCAAAUGCUUUCUAAGGUUUUCUGUGAUAUGGGAUCCUUAGAAGAGCUUUCCCUUUAUCAAAAUGGGAUUGGAAUUCAUGGGAUAGACGGUAUUUUGUCACUGGUGAAAAUAAUCAAAUCUAAUCCAAAUUUACGAGUGUUAAAUUUGUCGGACAAUUCACUUACUCCACGUGGUGGCGAAGCAAUUGCACGUGCCUUACCUUCAGUAGUCAAUCUAGAGGAACUUUAUUUGAGUGAUUGUAUACUCCGAUCAACUGGUGUAAAGGCACUUGCUUCCGCUUUUGAAGAUCCCGACACCACUCCUAAUUUAAGAGUUUUAAAUCUAACCGGAAACGAAAUCAAACUGUCUGCUGGAAUUAAUUUAAUUCUAUCGCUGGGCAAUAAAUCCCAUUUAGAAUUACUAGACUUGAAUGCUAAUGAAUUCGGUCGCUCUGGUGUUCGAUCAAUAAUUCAAACACUUGAUUCAGUCGGACUUUUGCACACAUUACCCAAUCCAAACGACAAACAUUUAUCAAGUAUAUCAGUUGUUGAGGAAUCCUAUUUAUGGGCAUUUGACGAAGAUCAAGGUUCAGAUCAAGAAGGCGAAGAUGAUGAAACCAACGAAGGAGAGGAGGAGGAUGUUGAUAAUAAUGAUGCAGAAGAAUAUGAUGAUUCUAGAAGUCGAUAUGGAGAUGAUGAUGAUGAUGAUGAUGAUGAACGAGAAAAUCAAACUGAUACAACUUCAGACCAAAAGGAGAGUUCAGGUAUUAAUUUCAGUUUUCGUGAGGCAUUUUCAAAAUUUGGAACAAUUGGUGGUGGUGGUUGUUUAACCCCGAAAAAUGAAAAUAUUCAAAUAAAUAAACCUGGACCUUUUGGUACACAAUCACUUGGCUUGUUUUCUGGAAUUUCACCUCAAAACACUGAUACAACAGAUGCCGGUGUGAUUCGUUCAAAACUAUGGCCUUCUUCAGGUUUAUUCAAUUUUGGUGAUAGUGCAAACACAAAAAGAAAUUUGUUUUCUCCACCAAUUCUAUCAAAUAAGGCUGUUGGUCAAGUUGUUGAUGAAAAGAAAUUAGAUGAGGAUAAAUUUAGACAACUUUUAAAUGAUGCGCUUUCUAAUCCAAAACAAGAAUCAAGUAGUAAUCGUUUGAUUGGUGAGUUAGUUAUUUGAUUAAUUAGUAUUUAGAAGAGUCCAAAACUCAUCCAACACUCCUGCAUUUUCAGUAGGUUUCUUAGAUGAUUCAAAUUCGUAACGAAAAAAUGUUGAUAAUUCAGGAGUCAUAUCAGUAAAUGUUUCAAUAGGAAUAACUAAAACAAAUCACGACUCCUUGUUUGUAGUGUGUUAAAUAUAUGAAAUCAACGUUUGAAACUGAGCGGCAAUAAUGCUAAACUCAUCUCAUUAAUACGUACAUUCACUUUUUUUUCUUUUCAAAGUACAAGACCGUUGUCUUCAGAUAAAGAAGAGCGAUUUAGUGUUCACUACAGUUGUGUAUCAAUUUAAGAUGCCUUACCUUAUGUAUUAGUACACCGAGGUAAAUGUACUCAAAUCUUCUUUCAAUGAUCUUCCCAGUCGUUACCUGGUGGAGACACUGUAUGCGCCAUGUAUUCCGUUUUUAGUAAGUUUUUCGGAUAUAUCACUUACAGUACAGUACAGGUACGGUAUAGCAACUUAUUGUGCCAUGCAAAAUUGCAGUGUCUUUGUAAAGUAUGAAAAUCAUGCAUUAAGUAAAUCGUUUGCAUACUUUUUCUUGAGUUAUCCCUUGCAUACUCCAUCAUCCUUUUAAUUCUAUUUUCCAUCUUGUUCACUUCAAUUCAAUCUUAUGCUGGUAAGCAUUCUAAUUUCUGUUACAUACAUAUAUCCGCAUAAGAAGCACACAACACAAUAUAGCGAAGGAUCAAGUAUGAUAUUCUCUAUCCAUUUAUACAAUGCUUUAGUUACGCAUUUUAAUAUUUUGUGUUCAUUUUCUGGUGUACUGUUUACUCUGAUCUUACAUCUUAUUUUCUGAUCAGAUUCCUGUGAUAGACAAUGGUUAGUACGACAAUAUAAAACAGGACUUCUAUUAAUACCAUAUAGUUGUAAAUUUAAGUCUCGUUUAUUAGUGUUUAAUUGGAUUCAUGUGAAUAGGCUUUUGGAUAAAGAAAUUCGUCUUAAAUCCGUAUACACUUUAAGACCCGACCACUGCUGCUGCUACCUCUAGAAGAACCCUUCCUGGGCGUGGGCAACCGGGAAGUGAUAAUUGCCCUCAUACCUCUAACAGCACUCAAGACCACUGUAUUCAUAAUCAAUCUCCUCCUUCACUUCCUACUAUUCCUUCUACUUCAACUUUCAACACUAAGCUUCCUUUUUCGGUUUCCUCCUCAAGUGUCACCAUGGCCAACGAUACACUUUAAGACAGCCUAAAUACAGGUUAAUGAAAAGUGACUAGGUCCGUUCAUAUCUGUUGUAUUGUUACAUUUAAAGUGAAAGUGUUCUAAAAGUUCACAAAUUUACAUUUGUUCAUCCUAAAUUAGUCAGUUAGUUAUAAGCAUUGUACAACUUAUCAUAUUUAUAUAAUUGUUCGACUUGUGACACCAAAUCAAUACCUCGAGAUUAAAUAAUCAUGAGAUAUACCAGAGUAGUAGAAGUGGUAAUAGAAAAAAAACUGAAUACAUCUAUGCCAUUGCGAACCAUUCUGAACCAUAUCGUGCAAUGUAAGAUAAUCACGCGGACCCCAACCAAGUAGUCUGUAUCUACCUAUAUGGCUUUGUCCAAUUGUCAAUGACUUAAUGAAUUGGAUCACAGUCACCCCUAGCUUCUCUACAGCCUAUUUCUACACCAUUAUACAUCUCAAAAUAAGUUUAUGUCAACUUUUAAUUCUCCAUUGACUUUUAUAUUAUACAUAUUCAUUGUUUUCAUUUUUUUUUUUUAAAAAAAAUUUUUUUCUAGACUUUCUUGGAUCUACUGAAUACUUUAAACAACCACCAAUACAUCCUGUUAUAAUGUUAUGCACACAAACAGCUUCACCAGAGAAUAUAGUUCGUUUAAGUUUAAUAUUAUCACGUAGUAAUAUAUGUCAAACAAAUUCUGUAUCUGGUACAAUUAUGCAAUUAGCUAUUGGUUUAUUAGCUUCAAUAUUUACAGAUAUUUAUAAAAAGAAUACAGAUAAUUAUCGUAUUAGUUGUGCAAUCAAUUGUCUACUUGUUUAUUUAGGUGCUAUUAAACCAGAAAAAGAUAGUGAAGAAUGGAUAGAUUGUUCAUCGACUAAUUGUACUACUAAUAGUAAUAAUAGUAGUAAUAUAAAAUUGAAUAGACAAUAUUAUUUAAGAUUAACUAAAACAUUAAUCGAUUAUUUUGGACCACAAUUAAUACCAAAUGUAUGUAAUUGUUUAACUGUUCUAUUAUCAGAACAACGUAAAAAAGAAAUACAUUCAAAUUCAUCAUUAAUUCAUGAUACACAUUUACGAGAUGAUAUUAUUGAUUCAUUAGAGAAACAAAUGAAUUCAAUAAAUUUGAAGCGUUAAAAAAUAUAGAUGACAAAGAGUCGACUAAAGAAGAAAGAGUUACUUCUUUAUUCUUUGCAUUUCUAACUAGUCUUUUUUAUUAUUAUUAUUAUAUAUAUAUAUAUAUUAGAUUGUCUAUUGAAAUUGGAUUCAGUCGAAAGAGUUUUAUAUAAACAAAGUAGAUAGGGGGUGAUAUUUAUUUUUGGAUAGUGUAUAUGUAUAUGUGUGUGUGUGUGUGUAUGGUUACUAUCAAUUGAGAAAUGAUUACAGGAUAAAACAUUGUAAAAAAAAGAAAAGAAAAAAAAAAGUGUAAUUCUGUACAUAAAAAUUCAAUAAUAAUCCAUCAUUGAUUGUUUAUGUUUACAAUGAUUAUUUUCCUAUCAAUCAAUAAAUCGUCCCUCUCCCCACCCACCUCCCACAAUCAAUUGUCAUUAUUUAUGUAACGAAUUUAUGUAGCUUGAAUAAAUAAUUGUGAUUGUGUUAUUUAUUUAUUUAUUUUCCCCCCCAUAUAUAUGCGUG